AUGGCCACAUCUCAGUCAGAGUCUCAAUCCGAAGUCCCACGUGAUCCAGUCACAGCCAAGCUACUGGAUCAAUUGCGUGACGAGCUUGGAAAAGAAACAGAAAAGACCAUCUUCACCUGUGGUGCCACAAUUCCCAUCACCAAGCCUGGUCAAGCCUUCGCAUCCGACAACACAAAGAUCUCAACUUCCGAGCCUGUCACUAUCCGCUGGGAUCCAGCGACACCGGAAACACCAGCGUCGCGGGCCAAACUCGUCCACCCCAUCGUGCCCAACAGCCAGGGGAAUAUCGAGAAGCUGAUCAAUGAUUUGGAGCCCGCCAGCUUCGGCUACCAUGCCAAGGAUAUCUUCGAUGAGACGUAUCGAAAAGCCCUCAAGUUGGACACCAAUAAGUUCGCUAGCACUUUCAAUCCCUACGAAUGCGGCAUCAUCGAUGGCAUUGCGCAAGUGCUUUUGCCAAGCACUCCAGAAUCCGACCUCCGAAGAGGUGUGAGGGCGGAGCUGUACAAGUUGAAUGUAAGUUCUCACCUCGGGCUCCCUUCGGCUCCGAACGAGCCCAUUUGA